CUGAGUUGCUGGAGGAACUCAUGUCAAGCAGUAGCAAGAGAUGCCUAAAACUUUUGGAGAAAUGCAAGAACAUGAAGCAACUAAGUCAAGCUCAUGCCCAAGCAAUCACGUGUGGUCUCGGCACCAAUACCUUUGCUUUAAGCAGGCUCUUAGCAUUUUGUUCAAACCCAGAACAUGGGAGCCUUACCUAUGCCUGCAACCUCUUCAAACACAUUCAUGAACCCACAAUUUGCAUCUGCAACACCAUGAUCAAAGCUAUCUUUCUCAAAGGUGAAACCUUUGAAACCCUCCAAUUAUACAGCACCAUGUUGAGUAAAGGCAUGUACCCUGAUAAUUAUACUCUGCCCUUUGUGUUGAAAGCUUGUGCGAAGUUACAAUUUUUCUACUCUGGGGAAUUGAUUUAUGGUCAUUGCUUGAAAUUGGGUUUUGUGUUCGAUACUUUUGUGGGUAAUGCUUUGAUGUCUAUGCACUGUGGGUUUAAUAAUGUCAAAGUAGCUAGGUGCAUCUUUGACGAGAUUCCCAGGCUAGAUGUUGUUUCAUGGACAGUUAUGAUUUCUGGGUAUGUGCAAAUGGGUGAUAUUGAAACUGCAAGAUUGCUUUUUAAUGAGGCCCCAGUGAAGGAUAGAGGAAUUUGGGGGGCCAUGAUUUCUGGAUAUGUAAAAAACAAUUGCUUUAAAGAGAGUCUUUAUAUGUUCAGGCUAAUGCAAAUGAGUGAUGUAGAGCCUGAUGAGGCUAUAUUUGUAAGUGUUAUUAGUGCCUGUGCUAAUAUGGGUGCUUUAGAUUCUGGGAUUUGGAUUCAUAAAUAUAUGGAUCAUCAUCAAAAGUUCCCUUUGAGUCUUCGUUUGAGUACCUGUCUUGUGGAUAUGUAUGCAAAAUGUGGGAAUUUGGAUAUUGCUAAAAAGCUGUUUGACGAAAUGCAGCAAAGAGAUGUUGUUAGCUGGAACGUUAUGAUUUCUGGGCUGGCGAUGCAUGGAGAUGGAGAAAGUGCAAUUCAACUGUUUAGGCAAAUGGAGAAAGAUGGAGUCAGACCUGAUGACAUUACUUUUAUAGCUCUUUUUAGUGCUUGUAGUUAUUCUGGUAAUGCAUUAGAAGGUCUGAGGAUACUCGACAGAAUGCGUAACGUGCAUAACAUCGAGCCUAAAAGUGAACAUUUUGGGUGCAUAAUUGACCUACUUGUCCGGGGCGGACUCUUUGAAGAAGCUAAUCAAAUAAUUCAAACUAUGCCGGAUUCAAGCAAUCCCUCUGAUGAAGCUAUUGCCUGGAGAGCUUUGUUGAGUUCGUACUGUAGUAGCAAACAAACCAAACUGGCUGAGGUUGCCGCUGAGAAGCUCAUGCAACUAGAAGAUCAUAGCGGCGUAUACGUUUUACUCUCGAAUCUAUAUGCAUCCUUCGGAAAACAUUAUGAUGCCAAACGAAUAAAACAGAUGAUGAAAAGCCGAGGAGUGAAUAAGGCACCGGGUUGCAGCUCUAUCAAAAUAAAUGGGGAAGUUCAUGAGUUCAUUGCUGGGGAGAACAGCCACCUACAAAUGGAGGAAAUAUACUUGAUUUUGGAGAAGCUGGACAAGCAAUUACAUUACACAGGUCCGAGCCCUUAUUCAUAGCAGCAGGUACUGUCGAGCAUAACGAAUAUAACUAGCAAACAGUAUACUUACAGCCGAAUGGCAUUGCGAAUGAGGAGUCUUGCGAUCAG